AUGAAUCCCACCAACGUUCCCGUUCCCGUCAGCUUUGCUGACCAGACCUCGCUCGCCUUCCAGGCAGUGGCGUCGGGGAGACUGCGCUCCGUGCAGGUCAUCCCGAGACGGGUGGCCAAGCCCAGGAAGGCGGCCAGGGCCACCGCCGCUCCCCGUCCCGCCGUCGCCUCCGGCCGGGUCACGAAGAAGAGGGGCACCAGGACGGCGAGGGUUGAGACCCCCGUCCAGGCCGAGCCGGCAGUUCCUCAGGGGACUGCCGUGCCCCCUCCUCCUUCCGGUAAGUUUACUCUUUCAAUGUGUUAUUGUGCUGAGCUUGAGACUAACAAGGAAACAGUGCCCGCCGCUCCUCAGGGGAUUGAGACCCCCCUGUCCAGGCAACCUCUUUCCCCCCUGCCAGAUCGGUACCUCCUUUACGAGGGCCAGACUUCUGGCAUCACCGUCCCUGGGGUCCAACCCCAGUCCCUUUCCGUUCCUCCUCCCCCGCCACCUCAACGCCUUCUCGGUGAAGGCCAGAGUUCUGGCAUCCCACGGGUCACUGGGACCGCCCAAACCCAGUUUACCUCCCCUCCUCCUCCUCCCCAGCCGCAAUAUUUUAAUAACGGCUUUUUCAUUUUGAGCAGCCAGCCCAACGCGGCGGCUGCUCUGCUUUCUCCCCCUGGCUCUCAGCCACCAACGCAGCCUGCUAGUGGCUGCUUUAUUCCUCAAAGCCAGCCAAUUUUCCAGGCUGCUCCCCCUGCUCCUCCUGUGCCUCUGCCAGUUGUUGGCACUGGCCUUUUCGAUUUCGGUGGUGUGAACCUCAGCUUCGAUCCCGAUACGACGUCGGGUGUUGAUGUUGAUUACGGCAACAUCUUUGAUUUCGAGAAUAUUUCCCCUCCCUCUUCUUCUGACCCCCGUAAAGAUCUUUCUGCAUCAUCGCAAGCUCUCCUUGCUCUCCAGCAAGGGCUUUCGACUCUCCCAGAGGAUCUAUUUACUCUCCCACAGGAUAUUCUUGCUCCACCACAAGGUCUCCCUACUCCUCCACAAGAUCUUCCUGAUACAUCCUCGCAAGAUCUCCCUCCUCCCUCAAAGGAGCUCCCCCCUCCCUUGGAGGAUACCCCCUCCCCCCUGCAAGAGCUUCCUGCCCCAGAUCCAAUCCCCGGCUUGCUGAGCGACAAAGAGUGGGAGGAGAUCCUCAAAGACAUGGACAUCGACUUUGCCGCAUGGGAUACCUUCAACGCCGAUCUGUCGUGGGGUGUCAGGUGGAUCAUCAUCCGGAUCCUGAACGAUGAGGACCGCUUCGCCAAGGUUGUCACCUUUAUCUUGCGCCUGUCUCGUGCGCAGGUCCAGGAGUUUCUCGAGAUCUACCUGAGAGAGGAGUACGCGUGGCGUGUUUGGGAGGAGUAUGUCAUCACGAUCCCCCACAUGCCUUUGCUUGAGCACGCACUUGAGAAGAGGAUCACCGUCCCAGCCCUUCUACACUAUAACCGUCCGGCACUUCUUACGGACAACAUUUCUCUAGAAGAUGAGGAGCGUGGAGUAUUGUUUUUGCAGGAGAGGAGGAUGCACGGUUUGGUUGCUUUGUUUCGUUUGUUUUGCGCUGAACCCUACAAAGAUUUUUUGCCUCUACGAAUCGAGUGGGAGAUUUUUCAGGACGGUAUCGACAAGCAGAUCAUCCACCAGGCCGUCGAGCUGGGCUGGGCCAAGCCCGAGUUGUUAAAGGUUCGACCUUCUGCGCCAACUACCAACGUUCCUGUGGAUGAUUCACCACUGCGGUAUCAAGGGAGAUUUGCGCCCCUUUUCGGAGCUGUUGGGCAGCGUGUGCCUUUGCACCGUAAGGAAGGAGGAGACGGUAAUGAGUUUAACGUUGACUAUGACUUGAAUGAAGACUAUGAUUCAGAAGAGACACAAGAUGAUGAUGAGAAGACCUUGUCUCCCGACAAGGUCGAUACAGACGGCAGAUCAGAUCUUGAUCAGCCCAAGGAUCAACCCUCUUCCACCUCAAACACCUCUGAUCAACCUACCACGAACGCCAGCGGCAACGUCCUUCCCGUCCCAGAACCCCUACCACCACUGCCCUUCCUACCAGGGCUUUUUGGAUUUCAGCCAUGUCAAAAGCAAGAACAUUUUUUAAAUGUCGCAUUCUGUCGGCGGCACCCCCGGGCAUACAGAUAUGUCCCUGGAUGCUUUGCCAAUUCUCUGGUGGAAGAGGGGCGCGACUGGGUUCCAUGCAGAGAGGCCUGCUGGCCUCAGGGGGCUUAUGUUCAUCUGGGACCCCGUACUCUUCAAGCAUACGCGGACAUCAUUGUCGAGUGCGCUCGCCAUGAGGCUGGGGCAACUGGGGGUGUGGCAGCUCGAGGCAUGCCAAACGCGAAUCACCGUUCGGCCACCAACGGCAGACAGACAGUGACGAACGGACAGGCUCAUCAGUGUGAGGCAGCUGCAGCUCAUCACGCAAACAGCUCUCCCCAAGAAGACCCUCACCGAGGCUCAGCCGAGAACCUCUCCAGCUCUGCUUGGUACCGGAAGGCGUAUGACGAAUACAUGGCUUCGAGCAUGGAUGCCGAGAGCGUUGAUCAGCUCAGCGAGAACGGUUCAUUCGUCGACGAAGAAGAUACCGACUGCAAGAUGUUUGCGACCCCAAGUGCUUCGACACUCCCCGAAUACCGACUGGCCAUGCUUGGAGGCUUUCCGGACACCACCAAUACUCCCCAAGACCUUUCCGAACUUGCACCAUCUGUUCAACUUCGUCACCACCUCGAUACCCACUUUGCUCACUACUUGACGAAGAAAUCCACCACUGUGAGAAGAAGUUCCACCAGCCACAACCGCACUCGCAAGAAGCAGUCGUCAUCAGAGAUCCCUGCGGAAGAUUGGGAGGGAGGCUAUGAUGUCGUCCUCCCAGAGGCCGAAAAGGAUACGGCAUAUUGUCCCAAACGAGGUGAUCGGAAGAAGAGGUCCAGAAAGGUGACUGAAGGUGGGAGACAGAGGAAGUCGGCCGUUAAAGACAUCGAGAAGAAGAGCAGCGAGACGAUAGUGAGGGAGGGAAACGGAGAUGAAGGCCCAGGGGGUGGGCAUUCUGCUCUCGAUGCCAACAAAGGGAGCGACUCCGAAAUCAUCGAAGCGCAAGGCACUGCAAACACAGAGACAGGUGUUCAGAAAGAACCCUUCAACAACACAAACAGCGGACCACAAUCAUCUGGUCGAAUCAAGAUUGUUCUCAAGUCGUCUUCACAUACCCCGACCAGUCCCGCCGAGAGCACGACAAAGAGCAACUCACCCAUUUUUGGAGUCGACCGCAAUUCGAUCAUGGCAAGCACCCGAGACAGAGUCCAAAUGGCUCACUACGCUUGGAGCGCCGAAGAGGCCACCUUUGCUUCCAUUUCCACACACGCGCGAUUCGCACAGACAGCCGAUCGCAUCGUCAAGCCGCCCUCAAUGGGCAAGAUAAUCUCGGUCGACAUGUCUGCCGAAUUGAGCGAGUUUCAGCGACUUCAGACGGCUUUUGAAAAUAUAGAGGGUGCGCAGAAGGCGCAGGGUGCCCAGGAUGCAGAGAGGGCCGAGUUUGCUGGGUGUGCGGACAGGGCCAUGUAUGCGGUGCAGGCGGAGGCUGCUUGCUUUGCGGUUGAGGUUAGGGAUAAGGAUGGGGAUUGUGAGAUGAAGGAUGCGGAGUGA